UACACAUUUAUGUCCAAUCAAAAUAAUAAAAUGAAAGUCUCAAACGAGAGAGAGAGAGAGGAGAGAGAGAGAGUGAGAGAAUGAGUGGAGAAGGUAAGGUAGUGUGUGUCACAGGUGCAUCAGGUUUCAUAGCAUCAUGGCUCGUCAAUCUCUUGCUUCAGCGCGGUUACACCGUCAAAGCAUCAGUUCGUAACCUAAAUGACCAAAGAAAGACUGAACACCUGCUUGCGCUUGAUGGAGCCAAAGAAAGACUUCAUUUGUUUCAAGCAGACUUACUGGAAGAAGGAUCCUUUGACUCUAUAGUUGAUGGAUGUGAAGGUGUUUUUCAUACAGCAUCUCCUGUUCAGUUUUCAGUGUCUGACCCACAGGCGGAACUAAUUGAUCCUGCACUAAAGGGAACAAUUAAUGUGUUAAGAUCAUGUGCCAAAGUUCCAUCUGUUAAAAGAGUGGUUCUGACAUCAUCUUUGGCUGCUGUCACAUUCAACCGAAAGAUGCUAAUUCCUGGUGUCUUAGUUGAUGAAACUUGGUUCUCAGAUCCAUUGUUUUGCAAGGAGUCAAAGCUUUGGUAUCAGCUUUCAAAGACGUUGGCAGAGGAGGCUGCUUGGAAAUUUGCAAAAGAGUAUGGGAUUGACAUGGUUACAAUUAAUCCAGGAUGGGUGAUUGGUCCUCUCUUACAACCUACUGUUAAUUCAACUGUGGAGGUAGUUCUCAACCUCAUAAACGGAGCUAAAUCAUUUCCAAAUGCAACUUAUAGAUGGGUAGACGUUAGGGAUGUUGCCAAUGCACAUAUUCAAGCAUUUGAAAUUCCCUCAGCCAGUGGAAGAUAUUGUGUGGUUCACAAGCCUGCACACUUCUCUGAGGUUGUCAGAAUUUUGCACGAGCUCUACCCUGCACUAGACCUCCCUGACAAGGACCUGUGUCCCCACUUCGGGAACUUGCGAAGCGAUGCACCCCAAUCACACUGCCUGCAUGGACGAACCAACCAGCCAAUCAUGCUAUACUUACCUUCCAACCCAAUUCAGCUUACAGGUUUUUAUUAUAGUUAUGCAUCUAAUGCCACAUCGCAUACGUAAGCAGAAAUUUCAUUUAGUAACCAUUUUAACCUCCAUUUCAAGAGCUACUAAUCCUAAGGAAUUUCAAUUGUUUGGACUUCUGAGGGAUUUUGUGUUCAUGCAAUAUUGUUGAUGGAUGCCUUCACCAAUUAAGUAAAUGCUCUAGAUUAUUUGUUAUCUAUUUGAAUUGGAUCUCAAGCACGUUUAACACUAAUUUUGUAUCGAAUUCUCUAGUUAAUAUUUUAUUGAUGCUGUUAAAUUAGCAACAUGGGCAGUUUACUUUUAUCCUUGAGGGGCAACUGGGAUACAUAUUUUGAUAGUGCUUGCUAAAGUUGAUUUAAUCCCUAAUCGAAAGAUACUGGAACACAAAUUUUCUAUGGGGUGUUUGGGAAUUUGCUUUGCUUAGGUUGCACAUUGUCCACCAUGAUUUAUGCAAUCUUUGCCCCAUGUGUUUUUUAUA